AUGUCUGCGCACACACUCCUUGUCGCACAUAACGUCGCCGUCCUUGAUGCCCUGCUUACUGGAGUGCGAACAAGUCUUUCGGAUGAUGCUGAUCAAGAUGAAGCAGCCGCCAUUUUUGCUCGAGAGGUCACGAGGUUUGAAGAGGUAUAUGAUGGAGCUAUGUCAGUGCUCCAUACUGCUCGAGAUAACUGGAAAGAUGUGAAGUAUGCACAGGGUAAAGGAAGAUUGGCGCGGGAGGCACAGAAAGACAAGGAUGUUCGAUCGGUACAUUCUACUGAAGUAUAUCCAUUCUGCAUGAGUACAAAAGGGUACUUUGCGUUUCCACCUUCAACUCCGGGCACCUCAAGAUCAUCAUACCCCGCAUUUAUACCUCAGUCCCCCAAUACCAAGAAGACAUUUGUUGACAAAAGUGCACCUGAGAAAGGGGACGAGACGCCUAGCGAAGAAACCACCCCACGAUGAAGAACGUAUCAAUCGACUUCACGGAACGGGAGCUCAUAGAGAUGAGCGAAAUAGAAUGGGUCCGAGGUGGCGUACAAGAAGAAGAAAAGGCAAAAAUGGGUAGAUGGAGGGAGUACGACGAUCGGUGGAAGGUACUAGCCGCUGUCAGAUAAGGUUCUUGCAUUCGCAGAUAUACCAUG